AUUACUAGGCAAUUCAUUCUGCAGCUCUGCAGUGUGUUUGCUUCUUUCCACAACAGCUGGGGAGGAAUGCUUUUUUUCCUUUCUGCUGGAGGAGUGAAGUCUGUCCGCUCUCUUACAAGCGACCUCUCUCUGCCUGGGGCUCUGCAGCUCUGAGAAGCAUCUCUUCAACAAAGGAGUCAUUCUGAGAUGGUGAAAGGAAGCCUAUUAAAUAGUGUAUGAUGCUUAUGGGAACAUCAAGCCUGCCACAUGAAGAAUUAAGACGUUUGCAAGUUAAAGGGCGAAGGGAUGCCCAUUCUGGUUAAGGAUUUACAAAGGAUGAUGUGGCCUUUGGGUGCUUGUUGGCUAACUCCUCGUGAAUGAAGUGCUGCAGUUACCUUCCUGGAUUCCUGUUCCUCAAGAAGCGUUUCCUUUAGGAGGUGGCGUUGCCUUUGACAGUUUUGCUCUGGGAGAUUCAUGGCUUCUGCUUAUUGUAGCAGGCAUAAUGAAGUAAACACAUCCUUUGUAUUUUUGUCAUGUGGGACUUUUGGGAUUUAGCCGGCAGCAUUUCUUCAGGAGUACCCAGCUCUCUUGUGUUCUGAGUCAUCACAAGUGAAUGAGGGAUCCAGUUUGGGUUUAUUGUUUCUUGGAUUUUAGACCUUUUUUCUUUUCUUUUUUUUUUUUUUUUUGUGGACUGCAUUCUAUUUACUGGAUUAAAACACAUGAAAAGCAACACAAUGAAUGAAAACCCUUAUUGGAUAAUAUGAGAAAUCCAGCCCUGAUUCAGCAGGAGGCAAUUGUUUACCGCCAUCAGACAGCUGACUAGUAUGUUUUAGCAACUGACCUUGCAGGGAGCGCUGACUCUCUUUACACCUCCUAAUAAAUAAGUAAAGACUUAUGGCCAUUCAUUGCAUUGUUGUAUAGAUUAUUAUCUCUGGUAAAUAGACAAGAAUGCCCUGGAUCUCCCUGAAUAUUUGCUUUCUCUACAGAUUUGUGGCUUUGCAUGAUUCUGCAAGAUAAAACAAUGGAUUUUAGUUUUUAUUAGUGGUGCCGUUUUUUGUUUUUUAAAUGCAUUUAAUUUUUUCCUGUCAAGCUUAAUGCAAUUGAAGAGUUUUUUAAUUUUUUAUAAUACAAUUUGAGGCUUGAGUCAGUGGUUGAAUGGAGUGAAGACAUGUGCGGGCAUUGUGCCAUUAUUUUACAGUUUCAGUAGUACAUGAAAGAGAGCCUUGGCUCGGAGCAAGAUCGAAUGAGCCGCGUGUGUAUUGUGGUCUUGGAGGAGGGAGAGGAUGAGUCCCCUAAUUUUCCCUCCAAGCUACCAAGUUAUGGAAAUCCCUAUCGUCCUCCACCCCCCAAAGCUGUGUCGCCUCCCCUGGUUCAAGCAAUUUUUAAUGGAGAUCCAGAUGAAGUUCGGGCACUGAUAUUCAAGAAGGAAGAUGUUAACUUUCAGGACAAUGAGAAGAGAACACCACUCCAUGCAGCCGCCUAUCUGGGAGAUGCUGAAAUAAUAGAGCUCCUUAUUUUAUCUGGAGCGAGAGUAAAUGCCAAAGACAGCAAAUGGUUGACUCCUCUACACAGAGCGGUAGCCCCCUGUAGUGAGGAUGCCGUACAGGUGCUGUUAAAACAUUCAGCUGAUGUCAACGCUCGUGACAAAAACUGGCAGACCCCUUUGCAUAUAGCUGCAGCAAACAAAGCUGUGAAGUGUGCGGAAGCUCUGGUGCCUCUUCUUAGCAAUGUUAAUGUAUCGGACAGGGCAGGGAGAACAGCGUUACACCAUGCAGCCUUCAGCGGUCACGUUGAGAUGGUCAGUUUACUUUUAUCACGAGGUGCCAACAUUAAUGCAUUUGACAAGAAAGACAGACGGGCGAUACAUUGGGCAGCCUACAUGGGUCAUAUUGAAGUUGUCAAAUUACUUGUGACUCAUGGAGCAGAAGUUAUGUGCAGAGACAAGAAAUCCUACACACCUCUGCAUGCUGCAGCCUCCAGUGGGAUGAUCAGUGUUGUCAAGUAUCUACUAGACUUGGGAGUAGAUAUGAAUGAAUCAAAUGCUUAUGGAAACACACCUCUUCACGUGGCCUGCUACAAUGGACAGGAUGUGGUGGUGAAUGAACUACUAGAUUGUGGUGCUAAUGUAAACCAAGUAAAUGAGCGGGGGUUUUCUCCAUUACAUUUUGCUGCUGCAUCAACACAUGGGGCUUUGUGCCUGGAACUCUUGGUUUGCAAUGGUGCAGAUGUAAAUAUUAAGAGUAAAGAUGGGAAGACACCUCUGCACAUGACUGCUAUUCAUGGUCGCUUUUCCAGGUCUCAGACGAUAAUCCAAAAUGGAGCUGAAAUAGACUGUGAAGACAAGAAUGGUAACACUCCUCUCCACAUAGCAGCUCGAUAUGGCCAUGAGCUCCUCAUCAACACUUUAAUCACAAAUGGUGCAGAUACCUCAAAACGAGGCAUCCAUGGAAUGUUUCCUCUCCAUCUGGCUGCACUGAGCGGCUUCUCGGAUUGCUGCAGAAAGCUCCUCUCUUCAGGUUUUGAUAUAGAUACAUCAGAUGACUUUGGCAGGACCUGUCUUCAUGCUGCUGCAGCUGGAGGAAACCUGGAGUGUCUGAACCUGUUGUUAAACACUGGGGCAGACUUCAACAAAAAAGACAAGUUUGGGAGGACUCCGCUUCACUAUGCCGCUGCCAAUUGUAACUAUCAGUGCCUGUUUGCACUUGUGGGAUCUGGAGCCAGUGUGAAUGAUCUGGAUGAGAGGGGCUGUUCCCCACUGCACUAUGCAGCUACAUCAGACACAGACGGCAAGUGCCUGGAAUACUUAUUAAGAAAUGAUGCAAACCCAGGAAUCAGGGACAAACAUGGGUACAAUGCAGUUCAUUACGCAGCUGCCUAUGGUCAUCGUUUAUGUCUAGAAUUGAUUGCUCGAGAAACUCCCCUAGAUGUGCUUAUGGAAACUUCAGGUACAGACAUGCUGAAUGACGCAGAUACUCGUGCACCAAUCAGUCCUUUGCACUUAGCUGCUUACCAUGGGCACCACCAAGCUCUAGAAGUUUUAGUGCAGUCUUUACUUGACCUUGAUGUACGGAACAGCACUGGCAGGACUCCUCUGGACCUUGCUGCAUUCAAAGGACACGUUGAAUGUGUAGAUGUUCUCAUCAAUCAAGGAGCAUCAAUAUUAGUUAAGGACUACGUUGUCAAAAGGACACCCAUUCAUUCAGCAGCUAUUAAUGGACAUUCAGAGUGUUUAAGACUCCUCAUAGGAAAUGCUGACAUUCAAACUGCAGUGGAUAUUCAUGAUGGAAAUGGACAAACUCCAUUGAUGCUAUCUGUACUGAACGGACAUACAGAAUGUGUUUAUUCAUUGCUGAACAAAGGAGCCAAUGUGGAUGCCAAAGAUAAGUGGGGAAGGACAGCGCUGCACCGUGGGGCAGUGACUGGACACGAGGAGUGUGUGGAAGCUUUGCUCCAGCACAAUGCUAAUUUCUUGUUACGGGACUGCAGAGGUCGCACACCCAUUCAUCUGGCGGCAGCCUGUGGUCAUAUAGGUGUUCUGGGGGCCCUACUCCAGACUGCUGUAUCUGUUGAUGUUGUUCCAGCAAUAGCAGACAAUCACGGAUACACAUCUCUUCACUGGGCCUGUUAUAAUGGCCAUGAUGCUUGUGUAGAAUUGCUGCUUGAACAAGAAGUAUUUCAAAAAAUGGAAGGAAAUUCAUUUAGUCCCCUACAUUGCGCAGUCAUAAAUGACAAUGAAGGUGCUGCAGAAAUGUUAAUAGACACAUUAGGUACAAGCAUUGUGAAUGCAGUGGACUCCAAAGGAAGGACGCCUCUUCAUGCUGCAGCCUUUACAGACCAUGUUGAAUGUUUGCAGCUUUUGCUCAGCCAUAAUGCUCAAGUAAAUGCUGUGGAUUCUUCUGGGAAAACUCCACUAAUGAUGGCUGCUGAAAAUGGGCAAACAAAUGCAGUAGAGGUGUUAGUUAGCAGUGCUAAAGCUGAUCUAACUCUGCAAGAUAACAGCAAAAAUACUGCACUACAUUUGGCAUGCAGUAAGGGUCAUGAAACCAGUGCCUUGUUAAUACUAGAGCAAAUUAGCGACCGCAACCUCAUCAAUGCAACUAAUGCAGCAUUACAAACACCUCUGCAUGUAGCUGCUCGGAAUGGGUUAACGGUUGUUGUCCAGGAGCUACUGGGGAAAGGAGCAAGUGUAUUGGCAGUGGAUGAAAAUGGCUACACACCAGCAUUGGCAUGUGCUCCGAAUAAGGAUGUCGCUGACUGUCUGGCUCUCAUCUUGGCCACCAUGAUGCCGGUUUCAUCAUGCAGCACAAUGCCAUCUCUAACUUUAAAUCAUUACACCAAUCCCUCAAAGACUGUCACAUUUGACUCUUUGCCCAUUAUGAGGAGUGAGCACAGUUCUUACUGCAGUUUCAACAAUAUCGGCAGGGAAGAUGGAUAUCCGUACACAGAAGAUGAUGAGCUCAAUGACUCUGACUCUGAAACCUACUGAGGUUCUGCAGGAGCCCAGAUUUUUAAGUUCUUUCAAUUGUCAAACCUGAAAGAGUUUUUUGUUCUCUGUUCUGCCACAGUGGCCAGAAAUUUAGGGGUAAAAUUAUCACAUACAAAGUUUUUUUUUUCUUUUUAAAUAUACACUGAUUUGAUGAAUACAUUUGCAAAUGUUUUAAUCUGACCCACUUUGUUGGAUAAGAAUCCUUUCUACAACCGAAUAAAUGUAAUAUAAUGGUUUGGAAGCUGUCGUGAGCAGAGGAGUUAGCGGGAACAGAAGAUCAGAGGACUUUCAGCAGUCUUUACUGUUUUAUUUAAAGUUUUAUUGUCUGUGUCGAGAGAAUCUUUUAUAAUGCGGGGCAUAGCAGUCCAGUCAGCAGACUCCUACUAUAAUUGUACAGGAAACAUUAUAAUAAACAUUGUAUAAAUAAAAUGAAACAAUUUUGAUGGCAAUAAAUGAAUUUGGUGCAUCUGGCAUUGUGUGUACAUCAGUUUGCCAAGGGACCAAAUAACUUUUUUUAUUUCUACAAAUGGUUUUUGGAUGUAAAAUGACUGGAAUCCGUUAAUCUAGAACUGUGCAUCUAAUAUUUUUAUUUCUAGGUCGUGUUUCUUUCUGUCCAUGCCGAGAAAAUGUCCAAAAUAGGAUUCAUUUUAUUUUGAAUUUUUUUGUUAGCAGGAGCUGAACAGGAUGAUGUGUUGAAUUUCUGUUAUGACAUUGGAUAAUGUUGUGCGGGAAAUCAAAAACUGUGUUUUGGUUUUUCCUUUGCUAUGGCUCUUAAAUGGCACUAGUGGUAUGUACCCAUGGAUGAACAUAUGUGGCAGGAUUCCUCAUGUUCAUUUGGUCUUAAGUUAAAAUAAAAUCUGAAAAAUAAAUUAUGACUUGACUAUUUAGGAUGAGCACAUACGUUGUUGAUCAAAAACCCAGAUUUAGAUUUUAUUGUAAUGUGAUAUCAUUUUUGAAGGUUAUUAACCACUGUUCUUUGCUUGUUAAAUAUUAAUUAUUAGCUGAUUAAUUUUUCCCACCAUCUUAAGCAUCUAUCAAUGCACUUUUUUCUUCAAUAUUAUUUAGAUUUUUGCGACUGUAUUUGUUUACAAUGUUAAACAUUAUGAGAGGCAUUAAAAUGGCCAUCAGGUAAAAUGAUACCAACCUCAAGAGUGCUGCUGGGCCAAACUGAGGGUUCUAUAGUGAUCCAGGUUCCGUUCUCCCAUAGCAGGUCUUGCUCUUGUAAAUGUAAUAAAGGCAAUUAAGUGGCACCAUUUAAUAGCUGUAAAAAUCCAGUUUAAGGAUAUGUCCAGAUUUUUGGUAGCAGAUAAUUUUUUAGGAUUUCCAAAUUAAAAUCCACGACUUCAGAUCUGAAUGUUUUUUUUUUUUUGUUGUUUUUUUUGGUGUAUGGAAAUGCCGUUAAAUGCUGUCUUUAGCAUUUCCUUUCCUUUUGACAGUGUUCUUUGUAGAUUAUAUACACUCCCUUGCUCCCUUGCUGCUGUAAUACAGACCUAAAAAUACCUCCAUGUAAGGGUGGGUUCACACUACGUUUUGUCCCAUACGGGAGCGCAU